CGCAGGCUCCAAAUGCUUUCUAUUUUUGUGAUCAUAAUUAUUUGAUGACAGGGCUUCUGGUUUCGCAACCACCCUUUUGUGCACUCGAUCUAUCUGUGAAUAAUUUAGCACUGAGAGCUAGAAAGGUGGGUCCCUUAAAACAGCAGGUACAGGCAAACUCUGGAGGCAGGACACACACAGAGAGAGAGCAUUGCCAUCCUAUCUUUGUCAUCCGCCCACUCCUUACUUACAGCUCUUUAGUCCGGCUGCUGUGCUUCCAUCGAGCUGUUUGUUAAUCCAAGUUUGAAUUUAUCCAUCCUUACAAACAACCCUUCAGCACAGCAGGCUCCACGGUGUCCAGCUCGAAGAAGGUAAGGAGCUCAUUGGAUGGAGUGACCCCCUUUCUGCAUCCACUCUUCAAUCAGCCAUCAUGGAGGAACUCCAGAGAAAACUGAAUCAGCGCUAUGAAGACACCAAGCCAAGAAAGGUGAGGUUCAAGCUGGCAUCAUCCUACAGUGGCCGAGUGCUGAAGCACGUGUACGAGGACGGUCAAGAGCUGGACAGCCCCGAGGAGAAAUACCCUCACAGCUUUAUCCACCGCAAAAUCCCUCCCAGCCACCUCGAGAUGGAGCAGCUCUGCGGGUUUGAGGACACUCAUGGAGACCAACAGAGUGUCUAUCCUCCAACAGGGCUCAUAGCCCAGAGAAUAAAUGUAUAUAGAGGAAUGGGCAGCUACAAACCUGCCGUUGGCCAGACUGAGGAAGGAGAGGGAGACAGCAAGUCCCCAGUGUUGGACUUUGGUAAGAUAAUCAUCUAUACCAGCAAUCUGCGCAUUAUCAAAGCACCGCAGAAGAAGCCUGAAAUGUUUCGGCAGCACACAGUGCCUCUCAUUGACUUGGAAGGAUACCCAAAGGCCAGGGAAAGGGGGAGCAGGAGGAGGGCUAAAGCAGUUUUCACACAGGAGGAGGCGGAGAAGGAGGAGAAACAGAUCUGCGACACUGAUACCAAGGAGGCUGACAGCUGCCAGCAUUGUGGCGGUUCGGGCUCCGCUCCCUGCUCUCUGUGUCACGGUAGCAAGCUGUCCAUGCUGGCGAACCGCUUCAAUGAGUCCAUCAGUGAUCUGCGUUGCCAAGCCUGCUACCCCUAUGGUCUGGAGAAGUGCCAGUCCUGCUCCAAUAAAUAGCACCAUUUGGCUGACACCCAUAUCUGGCAGUGAGAGAGCGAGCGUGUGAGUGAGUGAAUGAGAGUGUGUGGCUGACUGAGUGUAAGCCCAGUGUGCUACGGGUUUGUCAGAAUUGUCUCAGUGGCAGUAUUGCUCUAAUCCAAAACGUUCUUGGUGGGGUGUUUCGGAGCACUACUAGGAAACAUAAGCCAUCAUUGGACAUUGGAGAGGGGGAUUGUGACUGUGGGCACAAAAUCAUAAAAUACAAUUACUGUGUGCAGUGAACAUGGCUUGCGAUAACACAAAUACAUAAUCGCUUUUUUUUGUUGUCACGUUAUUUAGCAUCUGCUGCCUUCAUCCUGAUAAAACCUGGUUCCACAACAGAGUUAUCAUUUUAAUUAAAAUGAUGCAAACAUUUCACAGUUUAUUGUGUCUACUGGGAAGGUUUCCCUGUUCAUAGCUCCCCUGUCUAUUCACCAGAGACACUGAAACCUUUUUCACUUGAACAUAAUGGGUUGUACCGGGAUAAUUGAUGCUAUUAUUUUUUAGAAAAAUACAGAGAGGAAUGAGACAAAUGGGACUGUUUGAUAAACGGCGACAGCAAUAAUCAGGAGACGAUGUUUAAUGUGAGUUCCCCCCAAAUAACGGUGUUACUGCAACACAGACGUGCGUGUCGACCAGAGCUUUUCUCGUUGGUGGGGGGGUAAAUAUGCAAACUUUUUAAACCACUUUUCGUCUCAACAGAUAAUAAAUGUUUGACAUUCUCAGUAUUGAUUUCAGAUGGUGUGUUAAUAAUAAAAAGUCUAAGAGGUGUUAUGGAUGAAAAUAUGAAUGAAAAUAAUGAUUUAAAUGACAGAAAUGAUUUAUUGUAGAUCAGCUCAGGAGAUUGGGAUUGUUUUGUAACAUUUUUAGAUCAUUUAAAGAUAUAUCUACACAUUUUUGGGGGGUGAAUUAAUUAAAU